UUCUGGUAGGUAUGUGUCAUUUGCCCAGUUGUACGCACGUGACUACCAUUAGUCAUAUCUUCUUGUUUGUUUGUUUAUUAUAUAUUAUCAGAAUUGAACUAAUCAUGGAGGCAUGGUCUCAUGGGUAGUGAUAAACUAAUGAUGGGGUACCAUUUAGUGGCAUUUGGGCAUAUAUGGGCUCUUAUUCGUCUUUGUUCCUCUUCCCAUUCCCACCCAACGCCAACACUAACUUCUCUCUUUUAAUCUACACUACAGUUACCCACACCAAGAUAGCUCCUUUCUUAUCCUUUUGUUGAUUUCUUUAUUAAUUUCCUGUGGUCACAUGAUGGAUAAAAGAUCCCACUUUUAAUUUGUUGAAUAUCUUUUUGCCGCCCUCUUUGAUUGUUUAUCAAAUUUUUUUUUUCUUUUUGUUGGAGAACGGUUUUUGAUCUUCUAGUUAUGGAGAAAGCAGUUUCAGAUGCACCUGUGCAAGUUGAUAAUUGGAGAGAGAGAGAGGAGAGAGAGAGAUUGGUAAAGGCAUCCAAUUGAGUUUCUACUAUUGAAGGGUGAUCGACUGCCACUACUGUCCAUCUUUGGAAAGUAAACAAUAAAAUAAUAUACCAGAAUAUUUAUAUAUUACAUAUAAUAUUAUUAUUUCUUCAGCUAUCAAUGUCUUGGAGGACGGUGAACCCAGUCUUGGAGGAAACCCACCCAAAGAGGAAAUCUGGAUGAAAUUUUCUUCGAGAGUAGAUAUUUUUUUGUUAUUAUUAUAUUGAGGCGUGGUCCUUGCUCUGUUCGCGGAUUGGAGUGUUGGGGGUAACAGACACGAGGAGCGGCGAUCGAGAUUUGCUUACUCGGAAAAUUCUUGCAUGCACCGAGUCCAAGGCCCCACCCAUGGACUCAUAUUCUUUAUUUUAUUGAUUGAUAAGAGCUUCCAACCUCCACUUCUUCAUACUCUCCCUUCCCCUUCUUUAAGCAGUUAACCUCAUCAUUUGAAGCAGGCUGGAUCUGAGUACUGGGUUUGGCUCCCUUUAGCUCUGCAAGAUUUUAACCACCUUGUAUCAUACUGGAGAAGCUCUUAUACUUGAACUUCAGUGAGAGCUGUCUCAACUUCACUUUAUGGUGAUGAAGAAAUGACAACCAUGUCCUGUCGUGAUAAAAGUAAAUAAACAAAUAAGUAAAAUAGCCAACGAUAGCAAUCAUACAAGCUCAUAAUCGUUAGUUUGAGUCGAUGCCCACAGGAAGAGGGGAUUUUUAUUAUUGUUCGUAGGACCAAAUCCGGCAAUUUUGUGAGGUGCUUUUUCUUGGCGUUUUAAGUUUUUAAAUCCCUUUUUCUUUUUUCCACUGUUUUCCACCACCAGAAUUAAGGAAGAUGUCUACCUCAAGGCCAAGUCACUCCUCAUCCAGCAACUCUACGAGAUCAAGACACAGUGCUAGAAUUAUUGCUCAGACUACUGUAGAUGCAAAGCUCCAUGCAGAUUUUGAGGAGUCAGGCAGCUCAUUUGACUACUCGAACUCGGUGCGUGUUACCGGUUCAAUUGCAGGAGAUCAGCCUCCAAAGUCAGACAAAGUAACCACAGCCUAUCUUCAUCACAUUCAAAAAGGCAAGCUCAUCCAGCCUUUUGGCUGUUUGCUAGCCUUAGAUGAGAAAACUUUCAAGGUUAUUGCGUAUAGUGAGAAUGCUCCUGAAAUGUUGACCAUGGUUAGUCAUGCAGUCCCAAGUGUUGGGGACCACCCAGUUCUAGGAAUUGGAACUGAAACAAGGACUAUCUUCACUGCACCCAGUGCCUCUGCCUUGGAGAAAGCUCUGGGAUUCGGUGAUGUUUCUCUUUUGAAUCCAAUUUUAGUCCAUUGCAAGACUUCUGGGAAGCCCUUUUAUGCUAUUGUGCAUCGGGUAACUGGUAGCUUCAUAAUUGACUUUGAACCAGUGAAACCUUAUGAGGUGCCCAUGACUGCUGCUGGGGCCUUGCAGUCAUACAAGCUUGCAGCUAAAGCAAUUGCCAGGUUGCAAUCUUUGCCAAGUGGGAGCAUGGAAAGGCUUUGUGAUACAAUGGUUCAGGAGGUCUCUGAGCUCACUGGUUAUGAUAGGGUGAUGACAUAUAAAUUUCAUGAUGAUGAACAUGGGGAAGUUAUUUCUGAGAUUGCUAAACCAGGUUUAGAGCCAUAUUUGGGUCUGCAUUAUCCAGCCACUGAUAUCCCUCAGGCUGCACGCUUUCUAUUUAUGAAGAAUAAGGUGCGAAUGAUUGUUGAUUGUCGUGCAAAACAUGUCAAGGUGCUUCAAGAUGAGAAGCUUCCAUUUGAUCUGACCCUGUGUGGUUCAACCCUAAGGGCCCCACACAGUUGCCAUUUGCAAUAUAUGGAGAACAUGAACUCCAUUGCUUCACUGGUUAUGGCAGUUAUAGUCAAUGAGGGGGAUGAAGACAAUGAUAGUCCUACUUCUGUGCAACCACAGAAAAGAAAGAGACUUUGGGGUUUAGUAGUCUGCCAUAAUACAACUCCGAGAUUUGUUCCAUUCCCUCUCAGGUUUGCCUGUGAAUUUCUAGCUCAAGUAUUUGCCAUCCAUGUCAACAAGGAGUUGGAAUUAGAAAAUCAGAUUGUUGAAAAGAACAUCCUGCGUACCCAGACGCUCUUAUGUGAUAUGUUGAUGCGGGAUGCACCCUUGGGUAUUAUGACACAGAGUCCAAACAUAAUGGAUCUUGUAAAGUGUAAUGGGGCUGCACUAUUGUACAAGAACAAGAUAUGGAAGUUGGGAGAAACUCCUAGUGAUCUUCAAAUUCGAGAUAUAGCUGUAUGGCUCUCAGAGUAUCAUAUGGAUUCUACAGGUUUGAGUACGGAUAGCUUGUAUGAUGCGGGGUAUCCAGGGGCUCUUACUCUUGUUGAUGUAGUUUGUGGAAUGGCAGCUGUGAGAAUAACUUCCAAGGACAUGCUAUUUUGGUUUCGGUCCCAAACUGCUGCAGAAAUUCGAUGGGGUGGAGCAAAACAUGAACCUGGUGAGAAGGAUGAUGGCAGGAGGAUGCACCCAAGGUCAUCCUUCAAGGCCUUCCUUGAAGUUGCCAAGACCAGGAGUCUGCCUUGGAAGGACUAUGAAAUGGAUGCAAUCCAUUCUCUGCAGCUUAUACUGAGGAAUGCUUACAAAGAGGUAGAAACCAUGGAUAUGGAUGCCAAAACAAUUCAUUCAAGGCUUAAUGACCUUAAAAUUGAAGGGAUGCAAGAACUGGAAGCAGUGACUAGUGAGAUGGUCCGCUUAAUUGAAACAGCCAUGGUGCCAAUUUUGGCAGUUGAUGUCAAUGGGCUUCUUAAUGGGUGGAAUACCAAAAUUGCUGAGUUGACUGGUCUUCCUGUUGAUAAAGCAAUCGGAAAGCAUUUGCUGACACUAGUGGAAGAUUCUUCAAUUGACAUAGUAAAGAACAUGUUGUUCUUGGCAUUGCAGGGCAAGGAGGAGCAAAACAUCCAAUUUGAGAUCAAAACACAUGGCUCCAAGGUUGAAGGUGGCCCCAUCAGCUUAGUUGUUAAUGCUUGUGCAAGCCGGGACAUUCAUGAAAAUGUUGUUGGGGUGUGUUUUGUGGCCCAAGAUAUCACAGGCCAGAAGACAGUUAUGGACAGGUUCACCCGAAUUGAAGGUGAUUAUAAAGCAAUUGUACAAAACCCAAACCCAUUGAUUCCCCCAAUUUUUGGAACCGAUGAAUUUGGUUGGUGCUCUGAGUGGAACCCUGCUAUGACAAAAUUGACUGGAUGGAAGCGAGAAGAAGUAAUAGAUAAAAUGCUUUUGGGGGAGGUCUUUGGGAUCAAUACAGCUUGCUGUCGUCUCAAGAAUCGAGAAGCCUUUGUAAAUCUUGGUAUCAUACUUAAUAAUGCCAUGACUGGCCGAGAACCUGAGAAGGUUUCUUUCAGUUUCUUUGCUCGGAAUGGAAAGUAUGUGGAGUGCCUGUUAUGUGUGAAUAAGAAAUUGGACAGAGAGGGUGCUGUUACUGGGGUCUUCUGCUUCCUGCAGCUUGCAAGCCAAGAGCUACAGCAAGCACUUCAUAUCCAGCGAUUAUCAGAGCAAACUGCUCUGAAAAGAUUGAAAACAUUAUCUUAUAUAAAAAGGCAGAUCAGGAAUCCUCUCUCCGGGAUUAUAUUUUCACGGAAAAUGAUGGAGGGCACUGAGUUGGACGCAGAACAAAAGCAGCUUCUGCAUACUAGUACUCUAUGUCAGCGGCAACUCAGCAAAGUUCUUGAUGACUCUGAUCUAGAUAGUAUCAUUGAAAGCUACUUAGAUCUAGAAAUGGUUGCGUUUACUCUGCACGAAGUACUAGUUUCCUCCAUCAGCCAAGUCACAUUGAAGAGCAAGGGAAAGGGUAUUAGAAUCACCCACCAUGAUGUAGCAGAAGAGAUCAUGGGUGAGACUUUCUAUGGUGAUAGCAUUAGGCUUCAACAGGUAUUAGCUGACUUCCUGUCGGUAUCAGUUAACUAUACACCAACUGGAGGCCAGCUUAUACUUGCAGCUAACUUGACCAAAGAUCAGUUAGGGCAAUCCAUUCAUCUCGUGCACCUGGAACUCAGGAUAAUGCAUACCGGCGGCGGGAUACCUGAAGCAUUACUGAACCAAAUGUUUGGUAGUGAUGGAGAUCCAUGUGAGGAAGGCAUCAGCCUGCUCGUCAGCCGCAACCUGGUGAAGCUUAUGAAUGGAGAUGUACAGUACUUGAGAGAAGCAGGAAAGUCCAGUUUUCUUAUAUCAGUUGAACUUGCAGCAGGCCAAAAGUCAAGGGACUAACUUCCUUAGACACAUUUAGUGUCUGUUGUAUAUAUCGCAAGAAGAAAAUUUUGGACUUGGAUGCUGUCAUUUGUCAUGCCUAGCAGUUCUUCAUUUUUUCAAUUUUCUUCUUUAUCUACACAUUUGCCUUGUUUUCAAGUUGUAAAUAAAUGGCAAUUUCACUAUGUUUUAUGGAUAUUGUUUUAGAUUCUUAUUUACAACAGAAUUGAUGCAUCUUUUCAUGGAUGAACAGCAAAAAA